AUGGUGUGCAUGAUGUUGGCCAGAGUACCGUUCAGAAAUUCUUCUCGUCGCCCCUUAUCUAAAUGGGUUCUUCACUUCUUGUCCGAUUCGAAUUCUUUCCAAAGAGAAUAUUUUCCUGGGCCCUCUAGAGUGUCUCAUUUUAGACACAAUUACACAAGUUCAUACAAGAGUGUUAGGCAGCAAGAAAGCCCCUUUUCAGAAUUUGAGAAAGUUUCAUUAUUGAUUGGAAGAUCCCCAUCAUUUUUGCCUUUACUCAAUGUUUCUUCAAGAUGGCUACAAGUUAAAGGCGUAAGUUAUACUUCAGUAGAGAUUAAGACUGAUGAAGAUGUUGUGAGGUUUAGUGUAGGUGAUUCUGAAGUCAAAAGAAGUGAAUCCCAUAGAAAAACAAACAGGGCAACCAGAAAGGUUAAGAAGAUGUCCAGAAAAGCAAAACUGAAUGAGCUUAAAUUCUAUAGGUUGAUGGCCAAAAAGAAAAUGAAAUCUCCUAACCCAGAAGUUAGGAUGAGAUACAAACUUGAGAAGGCGAAAAGGAAGGAAGAAUGGCUGAUUGAGAAACUUAGGAAAUUUCAUGUAAUCAAAGCUCCUCCCGAAGCUUAUGAUCCUGAAAUUUUGACUGAAGAAGAGAAGUUUUACCUUAAGCGCACUGGUGAGAAAAAGAAACACUACGUGCCUGUGGGCAGGCGAGGUGUGUUUGGGGGUGUUGUUCUUAAUAUGCACCUACACUGGAAAAAGCAUGAGACAGUUAAGGUCAUUUGCAAACCUUGCCGGCCUGGUCAGGUUUACGAGUAUGCGGCAGAGCUGUCUCGAUUGAGUAAAGGGAUCGUAAUCGACAUUAAACCUAACAAUACCAUACUAUUCUACCGUGGGAAGAAUUAUGUUCAACCAGAUGUUAUGUCUCCUCCAGAUACACUAUCGAAAGCUAAGGCCUUAGAGAAGUAUAGACUUGAGCAGUCCUUGGAGCAUACGAGUCAGUUUAUUGAGAAAUUGGAGAAAGAGCUGGAAGAAUAUCAUGAACACAAGGCGCGUUACAAGAAAGAGAAGGAGAAAACCUCAUUUGAGUUCAACUAUUGA